AUGCUUUCCUUGCCGGGCUAUUCCUUUGCCGAUCACCAUCGACAGACAACUGGCCAGGACCUUCCGUCAUUUACCCGACCGACCAGACGGGAGAUUGCCGAUUACUUCCAGACUUAUCCUGCAGCUGUCAACGUCGAUGACGUUUUCCGAUGUGGAGAACAGCUGAGUGGUAUCUCCCGCACUUCAGACGGGUUCUUUAUUCGAUCUCAUAACCUGAAAUGCAAACGAUUGGUGCUUGCAAGUGGUAUUUUCUCGGAGAUCCUUCCGCCUCCGCCAGUACUACAACCACUACUUCAAACACAGCUAACACCGACGGUACCUCUGCUUGUAAUCGGGUCUGGCUUUUCUGCAGCAGACGCUAUCAUAUCUGCAUCAACCGACCAGAAGAUCUUACAUGUCUUCAAAUGGUCUCCCGAGGAUCGCCCCUCGCCACUUCGGGGUUGCCAUCAACAGGCAUAUCCGGAAUACGCGGGCGUAUAUCGAUUAAUGAAGAGGGCUGCUCUCGCAGCCGCAUCAGGAGGCAAAAACCAGCGGCCAAAAUAUCGCCGCGGCACAUCGUUGGGCUUUUUGGAAAGUCGACAUUGGGAUGAAUUGUAUGAGGGAAUCUCGAACGUUGAAAUUAUUGCCGUGGAGACGAAAGAGGAUCUGUCCGAGGUCACUUUCCGUCGACAGGACGGGUCUACCUUUUCGCGGGUUGCCCGGGGUCUGGUAUAUGCAGCCGGUCGACGAGGUACUCUAGGCUAUCUCGACUCGUCACUACGCACAGAAGUGAUAGGCCAUGAUGAGGCAGACGACAUGGCCAUCUCGGGUCAGACUCUUCGAGCAAAAGCACUUGAAGAUUUGGAAGUCGCCCCGGAUGUCUAUAUUAUCGGCAGUCUGACUGGUGAUUCACUGGUCCGCUUUGCAUAUGGAGGCUGUGUUGCAACUGCUGGGCACCUCCUGGGCAGCAAAGAGGGUGAGCGGGAGUCGCGCAGCAUGUGUAGCAGCGUCGCUUCAACAAGGCCGCAGUCCUCAUCACUACAGGUGAUGAAUGGAAUGGAUGGUCAUCAUAUUUUCCCUGUGAACGGGUCAGCCUUGACUCGGGAGGAUACUGCAUUGAGCAAAGUAUCCACGACCCCCGCAACGACGACUGUGCAGAGUUGGUGGGAAACAGUGGUGCACUUGUGGAGGGACUUGACACAAUAG